CCCUUCCUCCCGGCUCCGUAUGGGGACAGGCCUGAGCAGCGGUGCUGAGCCAGCUGCGGAGGGAAGCUCUGGGACACCCUGCACCCGCCGGCUCUGCUGUGGAUUAAACCCACCCAGCAGAUCCUGGGUUUCGGCUUCCCCCCCCGUGACGUUUGUCGAGGCGGUGACGCAGCUUUGCCUCCUCCCUGCUCCGGCUGCGGCUGCCGGCACAGGCAGCGCCUUCCUCCUCCUCCUCCUCCUCCUCCCUGCGCCAGGGAUUAUGGAGCAGCAGAGCUCGCCUUGCCCACCGGCUUUCUUCUCUGAUUCUGUCACCUUUCUGUGCAUGCCAAGCAGGGCCAGAAGCUUUCUGUGAGAUAGUGAAAGCUGUUUGCUACUGGGGCUGGAGCUCUAGGGAAAAUAUUCCACCUAUAAAACUGGAGUGAAGCCUCCAAUUGUCCCACCUGUAAAAUCGGAAUGAAACCUCCAAAUACUCCACCUGUAAAACUGGAGUGAAGCCUCAGUGCCAAGCCUGGCGUCCUGGCACUGACUCUUCUGGCUCUGGCAUCUUAGGAGGCUUUGUGGACUCACACCAAUGGCUGGCAGGUACGUAGCGAGCUAGGACACGGCCUCUCCAUGGCACCUCCUUCCCCCGGCAUCACCUCAUAGGAACUUCCCGCCAUCACUUUCACCCCACUCAAGCCAGCGCCCAGCAUGCCGACGGCCAAGGGCCCGGCCGUGCCUCUGGACGGCCUCCAACAGCAACUGGAGCUGCGCCUGGUCUGCUCCAAGUGCAGCGUGAAGGAGACCGAGAUCGUUUACCUGCUGCGGGAGGUGGAGCACAGGUGCAUGUACGAGAUCCUCCUGGCCCGUUACCGCCGGAGCGCCUCAUGGAAGAAGGUGUCCCGGCGGCCGGGCUUCCCCCAGCCGGCCCGCUACGCCGUCUGCCGCUACUUUGUGGAGGGGUCGGGCUGCACCAAGCACAAGAACCAGUGCACCUUUGCCUGGAGCCAGGAGGAGGCCACGGUCUGGAAUUUCGAGCGGGAGCGGAAGCUGGAGCGGUGGCAGCUGAAGGCGGCGGUGCUGGAAGCACAGCUGGGGGGUCACCCCGCCGCCCCCUGCCCCGUCGCCAGCGUCGCCGGCGAGAUCAUCAGCGAGUUCGGGGGCCACUUCCAGGAGAUCUGCAAGCCUUGCUUCCUGGGCCGCCCCCAGCGCAUCUCGGCGGGUGGGCAGGGGCGGCUCUGCGAGUCCCACCGGGCCUGGGACCCGCUCCUGGUGCAUGUGGUGUCGGACAGCCGGAGGCGGCUGCAGUACACGGCCGUCCGACCCUGCCCCGACUUCAUCCCCACCCUCAACUACUGCCACUUCGUCUCGAGGGGAAAGCCCUGCCGGCACGGCCCCCGGCGCUGCCAGUACGCACACAGCGAGGUGGAGAUGGCUGUCUGGCGGGCCGAGAGGGAGCAGGGCCUGCAGCGCUCUGACCUGAUGCCGCCAGCCACCGGGCCCUGCAGCACCAGCGGCAAGCCGCCAACUCCGGCACCGGUGCGCUUCUACUGCCGGCUCUGCCUGGUGACCUUCAGCUCCCAGGAGAGCUUCGAGAGCCACUGCUCCUCCGUGGAGCACCUGCAGAUGCUCUCGGCUGACACCUCCGUCCAGUGGGUCCAUCGCGCCCCGCCGCUGGGGCUGACCAAGUUCUCGCUGUGCAGCAGAGUGGAGGUGUGCGAAAUGGGGAAGAGCUGCACCAAGGCUCAUUCUGCCGAGGAGCUUCAGGAGUGGAUCCAGAGGGUGAAGGUGGCCACCAGGAUAAAGAAGCAAGCGCUGAAGGAAGGGCUUUUGCCCUACCAGGACCAGCUCAUUGCCGAGUACCAGAUGUGUUCCAACGAGGUGUUGAUUAUGUCUGAGCACCUGGAGGGCGUCAGGGUCGUGUGUGAGCAGCCCCUGGAGGUGCAGUCGGAGGACAGGCGGGUGAAAUACCGCUGGAAGUUCAGGGUUUUCUCUCAGAUGCCUCUGCAGCACGUGGCACUACUGAAGAGGGAACCUGGAGUCAACUUCUACCUCUUGGGGAACGGGCUUUCCCGGGACCUCCAGUACCUUCGGGGGGAGUGUGUGGCCACUCUGCCUUCCUCCCCACCCACCUCCCUGGUGGAGGUCUGCAUGGAGGGCUGUGCCCUGGGCGUCUUCGAGCAGUGGGUGGUGUUUGACUUUGGCAGACGCCCUGUCCUCAGGCAGAAGAUCAAGGUGAAGGUGGGCAGGCGGGAGACCCCCCAGCAUGUCCCCGGCAGCAGGGAGAGCAGCCGCCCCGUCAACUUCCUGAGGUGGGAUAGAGGCAACCGGAUCAUUGUCCCCAGCCUGGUGAGGACCAGUGAAGACAUGGAUCUGCUGGCCAAGUACAAACCUCCUGCUCUGACACUGAACUACCAGCGUGAGGGUGCUGUGCCCGUCCCCAUCACCCGGCUCAACUACCGUGAGAGGAUGCACAGCUUCCUCUUCCGUGAGGAAGAAGCUGAACAGGCUUUGAUUGCCAAACUCAACCUGCGGGUCCUCAUCUCACUGAGCCCCAUGCUUGAAAGCCUUUCCAUGGGGAUGAAGUUUGCCCAGUCUGGUGAGCUCUUUGCUGAAGUGCCUACCCCUUAUAACCUCUCACCAGACACAGAUGAGGGAUAUCUGCUGAGCAGGUCUGUGCCCACUGCUUUCCUGGCCCUCGACCCACCUGAAGACAAUCGGGUUUACGAGGUUAUUGUGGAGCAUAAAGCUACCACGGAGAAGACCAUCUGGUUACAGAUACCAAAGAGGUGCUGCUCAGAGCUGAACUUCAAGCCAAAAACCUCCCACAAGGUGGAGAUCCAGUUCCAAAUUGACCAGCUGCUGUUCCGGCAGUGGCACCAGGCUGUGGACCACCUCUUGGAUGAAAAGCUGGUCCUCCCAGAUGUUGCCAGUUGUUCUGUUCCCUACUCUCUUGGGUCACCACAGAAAGGCAAUAGCAAGCAGAAACUGGCCAUCUCCUUCAUCACGGGCCAGGCAACCACCAGCCGGCAGGUCCCACCUCUCCUCAUCUAUGGACCUUUUGGAACAGGAAAGACAUUCACCUUGGCCAUGGCCACCAUGGAGAUCCUCAGGCAGCCCAACGCACGGGUGCUGAUCUGCACUCACACAAACAGUGCUGCUGACAUCUACAUCCGAGAGUAUUUCCAUAACUACGUGACCAGUGGGCACCCGUGGGCUGUUCCCUUGAGGAUCAUAUCCACGGACCGUCCCGUCAGCCUGACAGACCCCAUCACUCAGAUGUACUGCUGCCUCUCUGCAGACCAGCGCUCCUUCCGGCACCCCACGCAGGCAGAGAUCGACAGGCACCACGUCAUUAUCACCACCUCCAUGUUAUCCAAGAACCUCAGGGUUGCUCCAGGCUACUUCACUCACAUCAUGAUCGACGAGGCCGCUCAGAUGCUGGAGUGUGAGGCUUUGGUUCCGCUCUCCUAUGCCACGUUAAAGACCCGGAUUGUCCUCGCUGGGGACCACAUGCAGAUCACCCCCAAGCUGUUUUGUGUCAGGGAUGGGCAGUCAGCUGAUCACACCCUCUUAAACAGACUCUUUCAGUUUUACCAGAAAGAGAGGCACGAAGUGGCCACCAAGAGCAGGAUCAUCUUCAAUGAGAAUUAUCGUUCCACCGCAGGCAUAAUCGAGUUUGUCUCCAAACACUUCUACAUUGGCAAUGGCAAUGCUAUCCAAGCCAGUGGGAACAUCCCUCCCCACCCUGAAAUUUACCCACUCGUGUUCUGCCACGUGUCUGGAGUGGCUGAAAGGGACAUGUCCAUGCUUUCCUGGCACAACGCCUCCGAGAUCAUGCAAGUGAUAGAGAAAGUAAAGGAGAUCUAUCAGAGGUGGCCAGAUGAGUGGGGUGUCCGAGAUCUGAAGAGGAUCUGUGUGGUCUCCCAUGGGAUGCAGGUUUCUGCAACAAGACAAGAGCUGAGAAAGAAGCAGCUACAAGAUGUGGUGGUAGAAAACUAUGAGAACUUGCCAGGGAGGGAGUUCCGGGUCAUCAUCAUCAGCACGGUCCACACCAGCGAGAGCCUGCGCGUCUCUGCCUCCCACCACCUGGAGUUCUUCAACGAAGCCAGGGUGCUCAACACCAUCAUGACCCGGGCUCAGUCCCUGGUGGUUGUGGUGGGGGACGCCGUGGCCUUGUGCUCCCACGGCCAGUGCAGCAAGGUCUGGAAGCGUUUCAUCCAGCAGUGCAUCGAGAAGCGGAGCAUCCUCCCAGAGAGCCUGACGAUGGCCCAGGUCAAACAGGCAGCGUGUGACAAGGAGAGCUGGAGCAGGAGGAGCCCAGAGGGGGACGAGGAGGACAGCGACACGGAUUCCUGGAGCUCUGAGGAUGAGAGCUUGAAUCCCGAUGAUCCCAUCCUCCAGGAGCUGUUAGAUGAGAGCAAGAAUGUGCUGGUGACGGUGUCUGAAGAAGGGCUGCUGAACGUGAAGUCUGAGGCAUCAAGCCUGUGGAAAGGCAGGCAGGAAUAUGUCAGCUUCUCCUCUCAGACAAUGCAGGAGUAUCUGCACAUGCACCCCAAAAUGUACAAGAGGUGUGAGCUGAUCAAAGAAGGCUUUGACAGAGCUUCUGCCUUCACCCUCAACGACUCCCCUGCCAUGAGCAUUCAGAUCAAAGGCAGAGUUCACUGCGGAACGGCCUUCACCGGGGACGAGGUGCUGGUGGAGCUCCUGCAGAGCAGCACGGCUGAGAGCAGCAGCCACCACCCACAGGGGAAGGUGGUGGGCAUACUGAAACGUGCCGAGAGGGAAUGGACCUUCAUCUGCAUGAGGGAUGAAUUUGACCCCCGAGUGAUGAUACCCAUCGAUCCCACUGUCACCAAAAUAUUUGUCCCAGGCCUGAAAGAGAAACCCAACGUCAUUCCCAUCCGCAGACUUGUCAAUGGGAAGUACCAAGUGGUCAGCUGUGAGAAGAUCAGCCAGACCAGGAGAGGCCAGUUGUAUUGUGUCCAGGUUAUCUCCUGGAGGGAAGGGUUUUACUACCCUUUGGGGGUGGUAACGGAGAUUCUGCACGCGGCGUCGACUUUGGAAGGAGGCUUAAAGAUCCUGGACUUGGCAUAUGGUUUGGAGAGGAAAUACCCAGCUGCUGUCACCAAGGAAUCAGCCAGAUACACCUCCAGCAGCAAACUGAACCUCACCAAGGAAAAUCUGAGGGACUGUCGGAGUUACCUGACCUUCACUGUUGACCCCCAUGGUGCCAGGGAUUUGGAUGAUGCUGUCAGCAUUAGGGAUCUUGGGAGUCACUAUGAGGUUGGGAUCCACAUUGCAGACGUGGCUGGUGUCAUUCCCAAAGGCAGUGCCUUGGACUUGGAAGCAAAGAAGAGAAGUGUCACCUACUACCCUCCCAACCAGGAGCCUGUGUCCAUGUUCCCACCCCACAUUAGCCAAGAUGUCUGCAGCCUCCUGCCCCAGAAAGACCGUCGGGUCAUCUCCUUGUUUGUCACUGUAGAAAAGAAGACUGGUGAGAUUUUAAAGGGCAUCUUCACCAUCUCUGUGAUCUGCUCGGACAGGCAGAUGUCCUACGAAGAGGCUGAGCUCUGCAUUAAGGAACACUACAAGGGAACACCGGGGAGCCUUCGUUUCGACACCCUGGAGGACUGUGUAGCUGUGGCUUAUCACUUCUCCAGGAUUCAUCGGAGGUGUCGGCUGCAGGAGGACUCUUUCUAUGACCGUCUGGAUGAGGGAAGCUCCCCAGGUAACAGGGAGUCCCAUCAGAUGAUAGAGGAGUUAAUGAUCAUGUUCAACAGUUUCGUGGCCGAGUUCCUCACCAACCAGGAGAACACCAGAAACAUCACUCCUCUGCGGUGUCAGUGCGAGCCAAGCCUUCAGCAGUUAACACACAUGAAAAACAAGUACAGCCACCUCGUUCCUUUGUCCAUCCAUCUUGUGCAUCACCUGGGAGAGGUGCCUCCUGACCAGGACUCAUCUGCAGUCACAAAGUUCAGCCUGCUGGCCCCCAUCUGGGAGCACCUGCAGUCAGCUGCUAAAGUCCGUGACUUCCCCAAGAUGCUCGACCUUGUUGUCACUGAUGACAUCCACCCAAAGCUGGCCCCUGUGGCCCUGGAGUUCAGGAGACUGCUCAGCCGCUCUUAUUUCUGUCGCUCCAACUCCACUGUCCAGUCAAAAGUGGGUCACUACUCCCUUCACGUGGAAGCCUACACCUGGGCUUCCUCUCCCAUCCGCCGGUACGUGGAUGUCGUGCUCCAGCGGCACCUUCACUCCGUGCUCCACAAGAAGCCCAUCACCUACUCCAUGGAUGACAUCGAGUUCCUCUGUCAUGAAUUCAACAGGAAGAAUUCUCAGGCAGUGACAUACGAGAAGAGAGCCCGCUGCCUGCAGAUGGCCACCCAGCUGAAGGGCCAGGUCCUGCAGAAGAUCGCCUUCGUGGUGGAUGUUGAAGGGGUGAGGAAGUGUUUCAAAGCCCUCUUCCCAUUCAACAGAGAGAGCCUUCCGGAUCCCCAGGUAAUUAACUACAGGUCACUGCAGCUGGUAGAGCAGCCCCAGUUCUUCCAGGAGCGGAACUGCAUCCGGCUGAUGUGGAAGAGGAGGAUGUACAGUAUGGAGAUGAAAAAGGAGCACAGCCUGUGCGAGGGACCGAUCCGCGACCUCAGCGUCACCCUCUUUGGCACCCAGACUUGGCGGGACGUCCUGGCAGCCAUCAGGCAGGAGGAUUUUGAGACUGCAGCCUCCCUCCUGCAGAAGAGCCAGAAGCUCUUCCAGCGGCACAUGGGCUUUGUGAAGAGGAGUUGGUGCUCUCACUACAUGGAGCUCUCCCUGGAGCUGAGUGCCGGCGAUGCGCUGCAGUUCCAGCUCAGCACAGAUAUCUACCGGGGCCUCCUGGUGCCCUUUGUGCAGCUCUGGUGUGUGACACCAGGUUUUGACAUCUGCCUGCAGCACAUGGAAAAGCCCAUCGAGUGCUUCUCUGCCUACGCCACCCUGCCCUCCAAAGAGAAGUACAAGCAUGCAGUGGAGUAUUACAAGGUCUGGAUGCCGAUGAGUGCCAUGGAGUCUGCUUCCUGUGCUGUGGCUGAAAACGACUCCAUUGUCCUCCAGAACGUCAAAAUAACCUGGGCAAAGCAAAGGACAAGCAAAGGACAGCUGCAAGGGAGCUUCCUCUUAGGCAAAAAAUUUCUGGAGGACUGCUCCAUUGAAGUGGACUUCAGCCACUGUUACCUGUGCAUUCGCUUAGGUGGGCUGAAGCUUGGGAGGCUCCAAAGCGAUGAGGAAUGCCUUAGCCAGGGCCUCCAGGAUCUGACUCUCCAUGACAAGGGCAGGACAGAAGACAAACUGAUGUUUGAUCCUGAUACCUACACCUGGGUGGCUCAUGGGGUCACUGAGGAGUUCAGUGACGAUGAGAAGUCAGACAGGACCGAUCAUAUUACUGUGAACUUUUACAUCCACUACAUGUCCAUGGAGAACAUCCCCGUGGAAAUCUCACAGGCCUCUGCCAUGUUCACUGUGGAGCUCAUACCAAAGAUGUUGCCAGAUGUACGGAAGGAGAAGGCAAUUUGGAAGCUCAAGUAUGCCUCCAAGCUUGCUAGAAGCAUCGCCCUUGGCCAUGAACCUCCUCAAAGAGUGACAAGGUCAAAAAUCCUGCAGCAAAAAUCCUUUGAGCUCCCUGGCAGCCACAGGAAGCUUAACCAGAGUCAGAACCAUGCGAUUCGUGAUGCUCUGAGGAAACCCUUCACACUCAUCCAAGGCCCACCAGGCACAGGGAAAACUGUUGUUGGAACUCACAUUGUCUACUGGUUCCAUCAGCUGAACAAUAUGGAUGCUGAGAAGGAGACACCAUCUCUGGUGUCUGAAGAAGAAGAAGAAGAAGAUGAAGAAGACAACAAUGAAAAGUCCCAGAAGAGGAAAUGCAUCUUGUAUUGUGGCCCAUCCAACAAGUCUGUUGAUGUUGUUGCUGAGAUGCUGCUGAAGAUGAAGAGCCUGAAGCCACUGCGGGUGUACGGGGAGGCCAUCGAGGCCAUGGAAUUCCCCUACCCGGGCAGCAACCGCAACGUCUCCCGCAAGGCCUUGAGGGAUGCAAAACCAAAAAAGGAGCUCAGUGAAAUAAUCCUGCAUCAUCGCAUCCGGCGGCCGCCCAGCAAGUUCUGGCAGAAGAUCUGUAACUUCGAUGAUCGGGUGAGGAGGGGAGAGCAGAUAACAGAAGAAGAAACAAAGAAGCACAAAAGUAUUUUGGUGGCUGCUCGUAAGUGUGAACUGGAAAACCACGAUGUCAUCCUCUGCACGUGCUCUGCUGCCUCUGCCUUCUCCCUGGAGCAGCUCAACGUCAAACAGAUAAUCAUUGAUGAAUGUGCCAUGUCCACAGAGCCUGAGACCCUCAUCCCCUUGGUCUGCCACAAUCAUGCUGAGAAGGUUGUUUUGCUUGGGGAUCACAAACAGCUGCGGCCUGUGGUCAACAAUGACUUCUGCAAGAGCCUUGGCAUGGAGAGGUCUCUUUUUGAGCGCUACCACCACCAGGCCUGGAUGCUGAACACUCAGUACCGCAUGCACAAAAGCAUCUGUGAGUUCCCAUCCCAGGAGUUUUAUGAGGAGCGGCUGAAAACGUGUCCCCAGCUCCAUCAUCCUGCCAGUGUCUUCCACCACAAAGAUAAUGGCUGCUGCCCCAUCAUCUUCGGGCACACGGAGGGGAAGGAGCAGACCCUCAUGGUUUCAACUGAGGAAGGAAAUGAGAACUCCAAAGCUAACCUAGAAGAAGCAGCACAGGCGGUGAGGAUAGCGAAGCAGCUGACACUAGAUGGCACCAUCCGUCCGGAGAGCAUCGCUGUGCUCAGCCCCUACAGCGCCCAAGUGUCCGAGAUCAACAGGGGCCUCCAGAGAGAGGGCAUCCGCGGGGUCACCGUCUGCACCGUCACGAAGAGUCAAGGAAGUGAGUGGAGGUACGUGAUCCUGUCGACUGUACGCUCCUGUUCCCGGUCAGAGAUCGAUAGGAAGCCCACAAAGAGCUGGCAGAAGAAGUACCUGGGGUUUGUUACUGAUCCAAACCAGGUCAAUGUUGGCAUCACCCGAUCUCAGGAAGGACUCUGCAUACUAGGGAACAGGUACCUGCUGGAGUGCAACCCCUUGUGGAGGAGACUGCUCCACCACUACCGACAGCACAACUGCUACACCACGGCCCCGGGGGUGUUGGUCAGGAAGACUCCAGCCCUGCGCCGAUGAGGAUGGGUUUGUACCUCCAGGAGCUUGACCCUCUCUACCUGGACUGCAUUACGUGUGCCUUGGGAAGGACACAAUCUUUCCAUUAUCUCCUGACCCAUGGAGCCAAGCACGGGGUGGGGGGAAGCCAGGAUCUCCCCCUCCCCCAGCUGCAGCUCGUGCUUUGGGUUCAUGGGGUUGUUUUUUUUUUUUUAUCAGCACAACCUUGGGCAGGAACUUUCAGCUCUAGGAAACCAAAAAACAUUGGAAAUGGAUGGAUGGGUGUGUGACUUUCUUGAGGAUGAUACUGUUUUUUUAAUGGCAAGAUGCUCAGUGGAACCCCCAUCCCAUCAGUGGGGACCAGAACCCUCGUUCUGUUCAUCGAGGGUGGAGCAGCUGCAGUGACUGCACACAGGGGCAGCUGCUGGCUGCCAUAGAGGACCAAAGCUCCUGAGUACUGCCACUUGUUUUAAAUCCAAGGCCAGGGAAUUUUUAAGGCUUCUCGUUUCUCAAAGCAGGAAAACAAAUUGUUUUGUUUGGUCAUUUGUGUUUUGGUUUUUGUUUUUUUUUUAAAGUGAAGGAAGAAAGCAAAGAGAGAACCACUUACCACUCUUUAUCUAGCCAAAACACUGUUCUCUGAGCAUGUAAAUAUGACAGCUAAGGCCAAGCAGUAUUUGUAAAUAGAUUUACUUGUUCUUUGUACAAAAUAGCUUGUCCUCACUAGUAUAAAGUCAGUGAGAAGUGAGGACCCCUCUGAUCAGGAAAUGUUGGAAUUUGUAAGCAUAUUUUAAACUGUUUUAGGUUUUAUUUGAAAUUUCCUAUAAGAGCCCCCCUUUCCUACCCCAUAUUUUUUUAAAGCUGAUUCUAAUUUAUUAACUUUUAACUUUGUGAAUUUGUUUCACAGCCUCAUGGCCUGAGUUUUUAAGAGCAGUGACGGGGAUUUGAUAAAUGUACCACAGCAUACAGGUGUAUCAUUUGGUUGGGUUUGUUUGUUUUCAUUUUUAAGUAGCCACACUGCUGUGAACUGGAAGCUGUGAUUCUCUGGAAGGCUGCUUCUACCCACUGCAGGUGUAUAGGGUGAAGUGGUGCUCUGCUGGAUCAUGGAGCUGCUUUUGGCAGCCUGAUAUUUUUGUGGGAGGGAGGGAGGGGUGUCUUUUAUCUCAUUUCCAUUCCCAAUGUACCAAGUGCCUGCCUCAGCUCUCCCCAGGAGCACACACUUGGCUGUCUCUGGAUGUUCACAUGGGAUGGAGCCAAGAUGCAAUCGGGGUGGUUUUGCACCACGUGUAGAUACUGUGCUGGGACACAAACCCUCCCUGAGGGUCCCCAUGGCCUCACAGCACUGCAGCAGGAAUGAGUUUUGUCCCAUGUGGGCAAUGGAAAAUGCAGCAUGGCUUUCCUGGUGUGGAGGAAUGUGCAAUAAGAAAGUGUUGUGUCUGGAAAAGUCCUUAUUUAAUGCUGCUUCUCUUCUCAUGACUCCAUUAGACUUGAUUCAGAGACCUAGGGAGAAUUUUGUCAUACUCUUCCUUUUUUUUUUUUUUUUAAACUACCUUCCUGUAAUUCUGCAUUGGGUGGGUUUGAUCUCUAUGAUAGAGGCCACCCAGACUUGCUCUUGUCUUACUGAAGUGUAAUAAUAAGCACAUGGCUGGAAAUUCCUUAAGGGACAGAAGCCUGUAGCAAGCACAAAGAUGCUUGAUAGCAGCUGGUGAGAUGGUUCAGUGUUCCUUUUUGAAGUCAUCCUGGCUGGGAUCUUAAAAGAUUCUGUGCCAGCCUGGUUUUGCAAAUAAUAUUGCAAUUCCAAACUGAGCUUGUAUAGGAAUUGUUGUGUAGGCUGCUGAAAUGCAGUCGUGUAUCCUCAAGGUGGUGUGGAGAACUUCAAGAGAUGCUGGAAUGUUUGGGAUAAAUACUUCAGCAUGGUGCCAGCACCAUUCUAACAAAGUCAUCUUGGUCCCUUUAGAACCAGGUCUCAGCUGCAUCAUCUCAUGCAAGUGAAGAGUCUCUCCCCUCUUUUAUUUUUUUAUCUGCUGGUUUUUUCAUUACACGUAACACAAACACCCAGUGGCUGAGUCCAAUGUUCUUGUGUGGGGUUUGGCCAUGUCUGUAUCUAGACCAAGAGACCCCACAAAGCAUCCUUUUGCUCUCAGUGGGGAAAAAAUGUUUACUGCUACUCCUCGGAGGGUAAAGCCUGGACUGAAAUGCUUUGCUUUGUCACCUCUGUGUUGCAAGACAACGUACAUUUUAUUGUGUUUUCCCUCUGAAGAGGUAUUUUUUAACUGGUGUUUAGAAGCUGCAGCCCUUCACCAGCCAAGCAGCAGAAAGAGCCAGGCUGGACUCUGGUUUGGGCUGUGAGCAGGUACCUGUGAGAGGUGGUCAUGAAGCUGCCAACGUCAGGGACAGCAGAAAGUGCAAUUAGUCAAAAUUCUGUAGACUGUUAAUGACAGCUGAAUAUCAGGUACUUGUCCUGAUGCUCAAGGAGAGAAACCACAGGGAUUAAUAGAGAAAAAAGUUCCAAGUCACCUGGUUUCAUCUGGAUUUCCUUUUGAAAGAAUAUCAUUGUGUUCAAGCACCUCUUCUUAAAAUACUCUGAUUCCAGGAGGAAAGCUCUGGCACAGGGGGCCUGGCCCAUCCCAGGCUCUGCCUCUCCUGUAGCUCCCAGACAAAACUGUGUUGGUGCAGGACACAAGUGCUGGUUCAUCCAACAGGAUAACCUCAUUUCCUCAGCUGAGCCUGAAGCCAGGGUGAACAGUGGGACCCUGCCAGGCAUUGCCCUGCAUCCUGCUUGAGUGGCAGGGAAGUGACAGACAGCCAGGGCUGGAAACUUCUCCUCUGGCACAGGAGAAGCCCACUGGACUGGGCAGAUCUAUGUAGGACAAUCAAUUUACUGCAAUAAAUUGUUGGUCUUCUUUUUUUAACAAAAAAAAAAAAAA